UACACCUGAGGCAUGCAGCCAUGCCCCACUGCCUACUAGUGAUACCCACAGGGCACUUAGCAACCCCAGCCUGCCCUAGCAAUGCCAUCAUGGCACCUCACAACACCACAGUGACCCUUACAAACUGUGACAUGGCUCCUAGCAAUGCCACUUUGGUGACCCUUACCAGCCACGGCCCCUAGCACCCCCAGCCUGCCCCGAGUGCCACCACAGUGACCCCUCGUGACACCAGGUGGCCCCUAGGAACAGUGACAUGGCCCCUAGCCACCCUGCAGUGUCCCUAGCAGUGACCUCUAGCAACAAUGCUGGCACAACUCUUGGCAGUGUCUGGGCAGCCCCUACUGACACAGAUGAAGCCCCAAAUGACCCCUAGCAACAUAUCUCCUAGUGACAGGAUGAUGACCCUUAGUCUCCCAGUGCUGGCCUUAGCAAUGCUACAGUGACCCCUAGUGACAGUGAUGUGACCCCUAACAACCUGAGGCUACCCCUAGCGAUAGCAGCCUGACCCCUAGCAAUGCUGGCAUAACCCCUUGGAACCUCCGGGUAACUCCUAGUGAUGUUGGUAUGAUUCCUAGCAACACCAUGGUAACCCUUAGUGAUGUCAAGGUGACCCCUAGUGAGGCUGGCAUGGCCCCUAGCAACCACAUGACCCCUAGUGACAUCCUGGUUAUCCAUAAUGAUACCAUGGUGACCCCUAGCAAUGCUGACAUUGACUUUAACAAUGUGGUGCUGGUGGUGGCCCCUGGCCAGCGGGGGUGCUGAGGUGGGCAGGGGGCACAACACCAGUGCCAGGUCUGCCCUGGUGCUCCCCUGCCCUGGCAGGCUGGGAUGAGCUGAUGCCAAAGCCUGCACUGUGCACUUCCCCCUCCCGUGCCUGUCAUGGGCCUGGCCCUGUGGCAGGACUCCCGCUCCUGUGGUUCCAAGCUAAGUGGAAACACAUGUCCCAGCACUGCUUGCCCAGUUCCACAUCAGACCCCGGCCCCCCCCCAAACUCCCUCCCCAGCCCAGCCUGGGAUCGGCCUGCACAUCUCCGGAGCCGCGUCCCCACCAUGCCUGGCCAGUACCUGGGGCAGGAGUCCUGCCCCGGCCCCCAGGACAGCGCCAUGUCAGCAAUCUACAGCGAGGUGGCAGGAGAUGAGCCCCCCGGGGACAGCUUCUGGAUGCCAAAGCAGUACCAGAGCACAGUGCGGCGCCUGGAUAAUGGAUACCAGGUCUGUGACCAGCUGGUCAGCUGCUUCCAGGAGCGGGCAAGGGUGGAGCGCACUUAUGGGCAGCACCUGGCACGCUGGGUGCAGAAGUGGCGCCCUCUGGUGGAUGCCAGCCCCACAUAUGGCACUGCGCGCCGGGCCUGGCAGGCUUUUCUAGAUGCCACAGAACGGCUGAGCCAGCUGCAUGGGGAGAUGCAGCAAGCGCUGGUGGCUGAGGAGGUGGCCCGGAUGCGGGCCUGGCAGCGUGAUCACUACCACCGCAAGGUGCUAGGUGGCUUCCGUGAGGCCUGUGACCUGGAGAAUGGCUUCCGGCGUGCCCAGCGGGGCUGGACCCGCAAGCUGCACAAGGUGGAGAAGGCGAAGGCAGCAUACCACCUGGCCUGCCGCAAGGAGCACCAGGUUGCAGGGCGUGAGGCUGGACCCCCAGGGGGGCCACCACUUGCCCCUGACCGCCAGCGGGCCCUGAGGGAGGAGCACCAGCGCCGCACUCAGGAGACCCACAAGGAGCGCCAGCGCUAUGAGCAUAUCCUGGCUGAGCUGACCCGGGCCAGCCCGCGCUACAUGGAGGAGAUGGAGAUGGUGUUCGAGCAGGGGCAGGCCCAGGAGCAAAGGCGUAUCGCCUUCCUCAAGGACACACUUUUGGCCCUCCAGCGCCGCCUGGAUCCUACCACACACCCUGGGGUGCAGGCAACGCAGAGCCAGCUGCGCCAGGCCAUUGCCGACAUCAGUGCCCAUGACGAUCUAGCCUGGUGGCGCCGGGAGCAUGGGCCAGGCAUGCCCACCACCUGGCCCCAGUUUGAGGCCUGGAGCCCCGAGCCAGGGAGGCAGAGCAAUGGCAUGAAGCUGGGACAGGAGGAGAAGGUGCCACUGCAGAGCAACAGCCCUGUCCUGGGCAGCGUGGCUGAGCCCGUCCCAACACCUCCAGCCCCACCACUGCCAGCACCGGUGCCCCCGCCAAUGCCAGCCCCAGGACCAGGCCGGGGGCAGCGGGUCCGGGCCGUGUAUGACUACACUGGGCAGGAGCCGGAUGAGCUGAGCUUCUCUGCAGGGGAGGAGCUGACCAAGCUGGAGGAUGAGGAUGAGCAGGGCUGGUGCCGGGGGGUGACGGACGGAGGGCGCAUAGGGUUGUACCCCGCCAACUAUGUGCAGCCAGUGCAGUGACCUGCUCCCUCCAGCCUCCUGGAGCUGUACUCCACAGCCCACGCCGCCACAGCAUGGACAGGAGGGGACUGCUUGGCUCUGCCCCCAACCCCGACUUCCCCCAUGUGGCCCUUCCAGCCCGCCUGGGCCCCCAUGGUGGGGUCCAUCAUGGCGCCCAGCCCUGUCACCCCAGAGCCCCCCCACUUUGUGUGUGGGGGCAUCAGGGAGUGAGACCCCAAGGCAGCCUGAGAGUGAGCAGCCCCCCUGCUUCUCGGUCAGCCCCAUUCUAUGCACCACCCCCUGGACCCCAGAAACAGUAAUAAAAUAUUGAUCAGUACCGGAGUGUAAGACUGUCA